AAUAUAACAUAUAACACAUAACUGUACCUAUAUGUAUUAAAAAAUUUCUUGAUGACCGUGUGUGUUUCGGUCGACCACGAGGUGGUUUUGUGUGUGUAGUGAAAAAAAAUUUUUCAUAUUAAGGAGCUUUUAAAUAACAAUAAUAUAUUAAAUAAUACCUAUCAUUUUUUUGUAUUUAUACAAAAAUGCCCUCUAGCAAUCCAUUGCCACCUAAAGAAAAUGCGUUAUUUAAACGAAUUCUCAGGUGCUACGAGCAUAAGCAGUACAAGAAUGGACUCAAGUUCGCUAAACAAAUUCUCUCCAAUCCAAAAUUCAGCGAGCAUGGAGAAACGCUCGCGAUGAAAGGCUUGACGCUGAACUGCCUUGGCAGAAAAGAAGAAGCUUAUGAUCAUGUUAGACGCGGAUUGAGAAAUGAUUUGCAGUCCCACGUCUGCUGGCACGUCUACGGUCUGCUGCAGAGGUCUGAUAAAAAGUACGAUGAAGCUAUCAAGGCUUACAGGAACGCUCUCAAAUGGGACAAGGAUAAUAUCCAGAUUCUUAGGGAUUUGUCUCUAUUACAAAUACAAAUGAGAGAUUUGGAUGGUUAUAAGGACACGAGAUAUCAGCUGUUCAUGUUAAGGCCAACCCAAAGAGCAUCAUGGAUUGGAUUCGCAAUAUCAUAUCACUUAUUAAAAGACUACGAGACGGCACUGAAGAUCCUCGAUACCUUUCGUGACUCCCCGAUGAUCUGCUACGAUUACGAGCACAGCGAGUUGCUUUUAUACCAAAACCUGGUUAUCCAAGAAUCAGGAGACAGCGAGCAGGCCUUGAAGCAUCUUGAUAAGUACAGCGAUCAGAUUUGCGACAAAAUAACCGUAAAAGAGACCUACGGUAAGCUACGUCUCGAGCUCCGGCAGUACGAGGAAGCUGCUCAAGUCUACAAGGACCUUUUGAACAUAAAUCCUGAGAAUACAACGUAUUACGCGAAACUCGCGGAAGCUGAACGGCAUACAACGCCCGAAGAAACUCUUAAAAUGCUCCAAAGAUUUGAAGAAUUGUAUCCUCGUGCUCUAGCACCUCGUCGUCUCCAACUCAACUACGCGACUGGCGAACAAUUUAAGAUAUUAGUUGAUAAAUAUUUACGGAGAGGGUUACAUAAAGGUGUACCACCACUAUUCGUCAAUCUACGCUCGCUGUAUACUGAUCAAUCAAAAAUCGAUGUCAUACAAUCAUUGGUACUUGAGUACAAAGUAUCACUAAAUAAUCAUGGUCAUUUUAGUAGUGCUGAAAUAGAUAAUCCACGUGAACCAGCAUCAGCUUUACUGUGGACUUGCUAUUAUUUAGCUCAGCAUUACGAUUUUCUUGGUAUGACUGAGAAAGCAUUUGAAGAAAUAAAUGCUGCACUGUCUCAUACACCAACACUUAUUGAACUUUUUGUUACCAAAGGACGUAUAUAUAAGCACGGUGGAAAUGUUCAAGAUGCUUACAAGUGGUUAGAUGAAGCACAAGGUCUAGAUACUGCUGAUCGUUAUAUUAAUUCAAAAUGUGCCAAGUACAUGCUACGCGCUAAUCUCGUAAAAGAAGCUGAAGAAACCUGUAGUAAAUUUACACGCGAAGGUGUACCGCCCAUGGAAAACCUCAACGAGAUGCAAUGUAUGUGGAUACAGACGGAAGCUGCUCGCGCCUAUCAGCGCCUAGGAAAGUACGGUGAGGCGUUGAAGAAAUGCCAUGAAGUCGAUCGCCACUUUUCGGAAAUAAUCGAAGAUCAGUUUGAUUUCCAUACUUACUGUAUGCGUAAAAUGACUCUAAGAUCAUAUGUCGGACUGCUGAGGCUAGAAGAUAUUUUACGCUCCCAUCCGUUUUACUUCAAAGCUGCCAAGUGUGCAAUGGAAGUCUACCUGCGGCUUCAUGAUAAUCCGCUACCUGAUCCCACUCAAAUUCAAGAGAUCGACACCGAAAAUUUGGCGCCUUCGGAGCUCAAGAAGCUGAGGAAUAAACAACGGAAGCAGCGCAGAAAGGCCGAACUUGAACGACAACAAGCUGCUCAAGCUCAAGAAAAACGAGAACAGCAUAAUAAGUCUCGGCAGCAAGCUGAUGCUGAUUUUGAACAACCGACUUUAGAUGAAUUAAUUCCUGAGAAACUUGAACGAGUUGAAGAUCCACUUGAACAAGCCAUCAAGUUCUUACAACCAUUGCAAAACUUAGCUGCUGAUCGUAUUGAGACUCAUUUGAUGGCAUUUGAGAUCUACAUACGCAAAGGUAAAAUUUUAUUAAUGUUACAAUCAAUUAUGCGCGCUCACCGUCUAGAUGCAAACAAUCCAGAGCUGCAUUCAUGCCUGGUACGGUUUCUAAAAUUAACAACAAACCAACAACAACUUGAAGGCCCAGUCGCUGAAGUUAUAAAGCGACAAACCAGUGAAAUAUUUUCUACCACCGACCCAGUUCAAUUCAACGCUGAGUUUUUGAGUAAAAACAAAAAGUCAUUGCCUCACUUAUUCCAAGCUGGACGCAUGAUGUACUUGUUGGAUUCUAGCGCACAGGAAAAAGCUCUUUCGCUUGUCGUUAAUUGCUCUGACGAUGAUAAUGCAUGUAAUACUAAUGGUAAUGAAAGUAAUGGUGGACUAGUAGGUGUAAAUUUGAACAAUUGUGUAAGGAUAUUAGAAGCUCUGCGUAACAAUGAUUUCGGUCCGUGUGAUGAGGCAAUAGAUAAAUACAGGGCUAAAUGUCACAAACGUUUUCCAUAUGCUGCGGCCUUCAAACCAUCGGAGGUAAACAGAGCUGAUGGAUUAAAUGUUAUCAUAAGUAAUCCGAGUGGUAACACUGCCGUUGUCCAUCCAACAGCUUCGGUAAACAUUAAUCAUCAGGUAUCAUUAUCAUCAGUGGGUAAUGAUAAAUCAGCCACAAUUAAAAAUUGAUUGUGAUUAAAUCCAGAAUAUGACAAAAAGCUCAUUUGCGCACGUACAUUAUUAGCGAUUUAUAAUGUGUAAUUGUGUUGUUUGUGAUUAAAUAGAAUGAUAUGAGAUUGGUCAAAAACACAUGAAAAUAUUAAUAAUAAUAAUAAUAAUAAUAAUAAUAAUUAUUAUUAUUAUUAUUAUUAUUAUUAUUAUUAAACAAUUAAUUAAUUAAUUAAUUUUAAUAAUAAUACUGAUUAUUAAAUUAUGCCAAUUUUAAUUUUUUCAAAUACAAUAACCGAUGCGCGUAUAAAAAAAAAUAAUUUAAAAAACAAUAACAUGAAACGAAUAAAUAUGUGAGCAAACAAUUAUAAGUUCGUAAUAAAGAUAAUUGAAUUGAAAAUAA